AUGAUUUUUGGUGCUAUGAAAGGGAGAGGAGUUCAGCCGGAUUCUUACACGUAUGGAUUGCUUAUUAGUGGGAUGUGUAAGGAGAGAAGGCUUGAUGAAGCGUCUGGUCUUUUUGAUAAAAUGCUGGAAAUUGGGCUGCUUCCGAGUGUUGUUAUUGAUGGUUAUUGCAAUAAGGGUGACCUGGACAGGGCUUUCGGUUAUAGAGAUGAGAUGGUGAAGAAGGGUAUAAUGCCGACGGUGUCAACGUACAAUUUGUUGUUUCAUGGAUUGUUUAUGGAAGGGGCUGCAGCUAGCGGUGUGGCUAGGCAAGCUGGCUACGGCUGCUGGGCUACUGGGCUGCUCGGCUGCAGGUCUGCGAGGCUGAUGGGCUGCGCGGCAAAAGGUGCGGCAGCAGCAAGGUUCGGCAGCAGGGGCUGGUGGGCUAGCAGGUGCGUGCGGGCUUGUGCGUGGACUGAUGAGCAGGUGUGCAGGGAGCAGCAGCGUGGUGUGCAGCAGGUUGCAGGAAGAUGCAGCACGAGGCUGCAGGGGAGGGUUGCAGGCUCGGCAGGAAAGCUGUGGCAGGGAGGCUGCGGCAGAUUUUGA